CAGCCAGGCAGCAGCCACCCGCCCUCCCGCCAGCCUCCCUACUGCCCCAAACCCCCAACCCUAGGCCGCGCAAGCAGCGCUGCAGCGGCCGAGCGCUAGCGCCCCGAGGCCGAGGCCCGGACCGCCCGCGCCCGGCGCCAGACCUCCGCGCGGCCGCACCCCCGCCGCCCUGCGCCGGUCAGGGCCAGGCUCCGGAGUCCGGACGCGCGCCCACGCCGCGCAGGACGAAGUGGCACCGCCGCCGCGCCGCCCCGCGCUGAGCAGCCAGCCAGCCAAAGGCGACGCCGCGACGGCCGACGGCCCGAGCGCAGGUAGAAUCCUCUAACCAAGGCGAACAAGCCACUGAAGUGAACCAAGGGUUGGUCGGCGUUAACUGAGUCAGGUUGUUUGUUCGCUGGGCAGUGCAAGCUUAAUCGGCCACCAUGGAUGUCGAUAAGCAAGAAACAAUGGAGGAGACCAUCCUUGUUGGUGACGAUCUCAUGCGAGGGCCACCAUCACCUGUCAUACCAAAAGAGAUUGCAUCACAUGUCCUUGAAGGCGUUGAGCUUUGUGAUGGUAUACUAAGGAAUCUUUUCUUAUGCCUACAGAUAAAUGAUAUUGAGCCAUUCUGCCAAGAUGAAAUUGUGCUAUACCGACAAUGUGCUGAGAAAAGGGACAAGGAAAUAAGAGAACGGAUGCAAGAUAGUGAAUAUAAACUGGGCUUUUCAAUGCCUCUGGAGGAAGCAAAGGACAGAGCUACCCAACUCCAAUCAGAAGUCACGCUGCUAGAAAGGCGCAUGAUUCUUGCAAGUGGACUUGAGGGUAUGGAAGGAUUUCGUCAAAGAUGGAGCUUGCACGGACAGCUUGAAGAUACAAGGAAAAGACUUGAGGCACUGAACCGUGGCAUUGGAAAAAGAGAGAACCAAAGCUCUAAGGGGGAAGGGACAAAAUCAGCUCCAGCUGGGAAGAGGUGGUUCUUUUGGUAGGUUAGUAUUGUUUUUCCCAAGGUGAGGAAACUCUAGCUUAAGAUAUAGGAGUAUUAAUUGCAACAUCACUCACUUAUUAAUUUCUGCAAUAUUGUACCCCCGCACCAGCCAUUGUAUCUGCUAGUGAAUGGAUUUGCUUAUGCGCAGAUCUAAUUUUUGAAUUUGAAAAUAUGGAAAUCAAUUAAAAGUGUAGACCAUGAAACCAUUUGUGGUGAUGUGCAUGUAUUCUCUGCUCAUUCACCCAUACAUC